GGAAACUGUUGCUGCUACAGACUGCAGCCGGUUGCCUCUCCUCUGUUAACUGUUAGCGACAGCAGAAUGAAAAGACAGCAUCAGAAAGGCGGUUAUUUAAGGCUGCCACCUGCCUUCUCUUCCUCCGUUUAGACACAUCCCUCUGUGGGAGAUGAGUGCUCUCGACAGUCUGAAGGAAUUCAUGGAGCAGCGCUUAGCUGCGGCUGUCGAGGACAUAUUUGAAUAUUUCCAGAAGACAAUCGCAGAGUAUGAGGAGGAGCUUGGCCGCUACCGCAAGCUGCUGGACACCGUGUUGUUACCGGAAAUCAGGCUGCGAAGAGAAGAUGUCCCUUCUCUGACUGUAAAUGCAAAGAUUCCCCCUGAGCAGCAGGGGAUUCAGUCCAGCCUGCACCAGGAGCACCCACAGUCCCCAUGCAUUAAGGAGGAACAGGAGGAAGUCUGGACCAGUCCAGAGGGAGAGCAGCUCCAAGGGCUGGAAGGUGCUGAUAUCCCGGAUUUCCCUUUCCCUCCUACCUCUGUGAAGAGUGAAAGUGAUAAUGUUCAGUUAUCUGAGCUUUGUCAAAGCCAAACUGAGGAGAGCACAGAGGCAGAUCCUCCAGCCAAGAGCACAGCUGAUCAGAUGGAAACAGCAGCUGAUGGAGAGGACUGUGAAGGAUCAGUCACUGAUGUACCAAGUGAUAACAGCAGUUUAUGCUGUUCUGAACCAGGGAUUAAGAACGAUGAUGAUUUGAAUAGGUUUAAUGGCAGGAACAUGUGUAAACCUUUCAGCUGUUUAUUUUGGGAGAAAUGUUUCUGCAGCAAGUCAGAAGCGGUGACACAUGAGAGAGGUCACACCUCUCAGAAACCUUCCUGUAGAACUCCACAGCAGACCAAUCAUUUCAAGUCACACCUGAAAGUCCACACAGGAGAGAGAGCGUUUAGGUGCUCAGACUGUGGUGAGUGCUUUAGUCACCGUGCACCUUUUAAACAGCAUGUGAUGCACCACAAGGGGGAGAAGCCAUUCAGUGGGAGGAGAGCCUGUGGCAGAAGAUUCACUUGGAAAUCAGGUAACUGCAGCAGGAAAUGAAGCUGCAGAGCUGGCAGGAUUAGUCAGCUGUAAUAAAACACAAACUUCCCUCUUUGAGUUUCUGAUCAUUCACCUUAAAACAUUCAAAUUUGGAAAGAACAACAUGAAGCUGCCUACGGUGCAUUGUACUUCUUACAGUUUUCCUUAAGCUCAGAUCCUAAUGAGCAGUUCACUAUGAGCAGCCGCCUUAUAGUCGGAGUUGUUCAUAGUGUAUGUGAGUGUUGACUGUCUGUAUAUGUCACAGCGGUCACCUGUCCCGGGUGUACCCUGCCUCUCACCCACUGUGUGACAGGAUAGUCUCUGUUUGCCAUGUAUUCAGCUUUUGUUUGGAGAAAGAAUAAUGUGUUAUUUCUUUUUUUAUAAGUUACUGUCUCACUAUAACCACUAUUGUGUGUCUUUUAGUAUUUGUUUUUUUUUUCCUUGGCCUGUACAUUUGAGUAAAGCAUCAAAUGUAGGUGGCGUGAAAAUGCUGUAGCGUUACAGCAUCUACAACUAUCACAGAAACCUGUAGAUGAGGCCUGGAGAUGUGGCAUUAAAAUGCAUCUCCACGUGUCUCCAGUGGUCACUUGAAAUGGUCACAGUGGUCACACUUCUCGCUCUAAGUGCAGAUAAACAAGUAUGUAAUUUUCAUUUGCUUCAAAGACAAAUGCAAAGUGCAUUGUUUUGUUUUUUAACAGGUGGAUGGCAAUGAUGUACUUCCUGUGCCUAGUGUAGUGGAAAUUAAAUUAGAAGGAAACAGAAAUAAAAACAAUGCAGACUG